CUCGUCAACUCUCAUCCUGUUGAUUAUCCCCUAUCUAUCUCUCUAGUACAUGAUGAGACCUCCAGUCCCCGAUGUGAUUCUCUCCCGUUCCCGAAAGUCUUCCCUCGAUCAACCUCCACCCCGAUCGGAUCCUCAUUCUAUGACCCCCGCAACCUUCUUCUUAGCUCGAAAUGGCUCCCAAGAUGGGGAUCUCGCCUCUCCCUUUAGUCCAGAUAAUGAUGAUGAUGACAAUAAUGUCGAAUAUGAUGAGAAUAAUAAUAAUGUCGAUGUGAAUGUGUUGAAUGUCUCCCCUGACUACAUGUAUGGUGUACGGAGCUUGGAGGAUACCAGCGUCCCCGUCAGUUCGAGCCCAAUGGAGUCACCCGUCCAAGACGACGACCGGUCAAAAGAGUCUAGAGGGAACGAAGGAGAGGAAUCGUCGAAUCUUUCAGACUCCGGGAUCAUGCCUCGUCGCAGAUCUACCCUCCGACCCUCCGAUCUCUUCCAUCCUCUCCCGUCCGAUCCAACCCUUCUGACCUCCAAUCCAACAUCCCCCAGGCCGUCGACUCCCUCCAACCUGAGCAACCCCGACGACCAGCUGUCUCUUCCCAGUAGCCCUGCCUCCACUUCCAACCAUUCCAUGCGACAUCUCGAUGACAUCUCCAUCACGGACGAUCUGAGCAUCCAAGCCCUGCCUUCGGGGGAGGACGACGACCGUGACUCGCGGCCGUCCCCCAAGCUAGGACCCGACCAUGUCUCCCAACUGAUCAUGCCCAGUAUCACAAUGCCCAGUCGUCGACCCUUCACAGAUCGUGGGAAGUCUCUGGGUCGCUUGAAGCUACUCUUUGCUGGGGUUUCCGGGUCUGGGAAAACCUCCCUCAUUAGAUCGAUCGUCCAGACCUGCGAGGAUAUCGUCCAUGUCGAUCCUCUACUCUCGGAGCCUUCGCCCAUGGUAUCCCACCGCUCUCCCUCACCGUCCCAACCUGGUACCCCGUCGGCGGGGAUAGCGGAGGUCUACGCCAGCACCAAGCCAUAUCCCCCCUGGUGGUCCGAUCUGGAGGACUCCCGGGUCUUGCGAAGGCGCAGGAGCACGGGAGAUGUCGUCCUUGAACGCAAUAUCUGCUUCGUCGAUACGCCGUCCAAUACCCUCAGCCGAGCGGGCCAGACCGACGCCAUCAUCCAAUACAUGCAGCAGCAACUCUACCGAGCGAGUUCCUCCGUGCAUCUCUCCAACCACGAUUUUCAGAACAUGUUGGCCGGGAACGGCGGGCUGCAAGUGGAUGCGGUGGUCUACCUCCUGGCCGAGGACACCCUCCCCACGGAUGUCGAGUGCAUUCGAAAGCUCUGCGAGUGGACCAAUGUCAUCCCAGUCAUCUCGAAAUCAGAUCUCCUCACCGCCGACCAGUUGUCUUCCCUCAAAUCGGCCUUCUACAGCCAAACUCAGACAGCUGCGAUCCAGCCCUUCGUCUUCGGGGACGGCUCCCCCGGUGGGGCAGACGGGCUCGAGACCCGGGUGCCCUUUGCCGUAUCAUCCGCCAAAAGCAGCGACGACGAGGUCAUGGACGCCAGCACGCUGAUGAGCCCAGACUACGUCCAACCGCUAGCAACUUCCGAGCUCGACGCCCUGGUCCAGCAGAUAUUCGACGCCGACAAUGUCGCCUGGAUCCGUCACUCGGCAGCGAAGAAACUCGCGCAGCGACAGCGAGAGCGUCCCCUUCGAUGGACGCCGGGUGGUGGUAGUGGUGCCCUGGCACAAGCCGGUCGCCCUCUCCCCACGUACAGCCCCCCUCCGAGUUACGCAAUCUCGCGCAUAACCGACUACACCCACCAGGAAGACCGACUAGCUCAAGCACGGCUCGCCAAAUGGGCCUGCGACCUGCAGCGCAGCCUGCAGAACGAGCGAGAACGCUACGCAGCCCUAGCCCGCGGCGACCGAGCCGUCUGGCUCACAGAACGACUCGGCGAGUGUGUCGUCGACGGCUCGCUAGUCCCGAUCACGCAGAUUCCAGGCUACAGCGAUCUAGGCAGCCCAAGCACCGCAGAGAAGACGACGCCAUCGGCCGCACGCCGCAGCCUCCUUGCGCGGAGACACAGCGGACCCAAGACGGAGUACCACGUCGCUCCGAUCAGUCCCCACGACCCGCUGGGCCUGAUCCGCUGGUCGGAAGACCUCAAACGCCGGGGGUGGACGAUUGUCCAGAUCGUGGGUAGUUUCGGCGUCGUGGGCGGGCUGGCUGUUUGGCUGGCUCAGACUUGGGGAUUACCGUCGAGGACGUUGUCUGAGUGGCGGUUCGAUUAUUAGUGGGCUUACUAUUAGUAUGGGCUUUACUAUCAGUAUGGGCUUUACUAUCAGUAUGGGCUUUAAUAUCUGUAUGGGCUUACUAUUAGCAUGGCUUGGCUAUCAGUAUGGGCUUGACUAUUACUAUGAACUUCAACUAUUACUAUGGAGCU